CUUCACUCCUCUUAUCCUUUCUUUAACCCAACUCAUCACCACCACUAACUCUCUUCUUACUCUUUUCUCUUCCCUCUCAACUCUCUGGUGCUCCAACUCAGUAAGUCAGUCAGUCUUAAUGGCGUUGCUAAGCCAACAGUACUUACAGAGGUUUCUCUUAUCCAAGCUCAAUUACAAAUCUAACUUCAAGCCCGCCAACAAAACCAAUACUGUAACUGCUACAAGAGCUAAAACUCUCAGCGUCUCCGCGAUUGCAAUCGACGCGCCCUCUUCUUUGAGUGGCGUUGCCGGUAUCCGAUGGGGCUCCGCCAGUUUGCAGGGCCCGCGUGAAGAGAUGGAGGAUGAUCUUGUUAUACAAUCCGAUGGCCUUGAUGGGUUCUCCUUUGCUGCUGUUUUUGAUGGCCACGGUGGUGUCUCUUCUGUCAAGUUUCUUCGGGAUGAGCUAUACAAAGAGUGCGUUGCAGCUUUACAAGGUGGAUUGUUAUUGAGUGGAAAAGAUUACAAUGCAAUUAGAGAGGCCUUAGAGGAAGCUUUUCAAAAUGCUGAUAAGAAAUUGUUGAGUUGGCUUGAAAUGAAUGCGGAGGAAGACGAAUCCGGAGCAACAGCCACAGUUAUGUUGAUCGGAAAAGAUAUGCUAUUUAUCUCACAUGUUGGCGACUCAUGUUUGGUACUAUCUCGUUCUGGAAAAGCAGAUAUACUAACUAAUCCUCAUCGGCCUUAUGGAAGCAACAAGGUCUCUCUUCAAGAAAUCAGAAGAAUCAGAGAAGCAGGUGGAUGGAUUGUCAAUGGGAGGAUUUGUGGAGACAUUGCCGUAUCUCGUGCUUUUGGUGACAUCCGGUUCAAGACAAAGAAGAAUGAGAUGUUGAAGAAGGGUGUUGAUGAAGGAAGAUGGUCUGAAAAAUUUGUUUCUCGAGUGAAACUCAACAAGGACCUGGUUAUUGCGUUGCCAGAUAUUUUCCAAAUAGAUCUUGGGUUAGAUGCGGAAUUUAUACUGUUGGCAUCUGACGGAUUAUGGGAUUACAUGAACAACUCAGAAGCAGUUACUUUUGUCAGGAAUCAGCUUCAGCAACAUGGAGAUGUACAGGUAGCUUGUGAAGCACUUGCACAAGCAGCUCUGGACCGACAUUCCCAAGAUAAUGUCAGCAUUGUCAUUGCCGACUUAGGGCGGACAGACUGGCAAAAUCUACCACUUCAGCAACAAAAUAUUGUGUAUGAAUUCGGGCAGGCUUUUGCUACCAUUGGAAUUGUGUCGCUUGCAAUAUGGAUGUCAUCUCAGCUUUCUUUAUGAAUGUGAGGGCUUCUGAAAAUGUAUACAUUCACAUAGAUUUAAUUCUUUUGCCUAUAUAGUUAGUUGUACUAGUCUCGUCCCUUCAUAAUAUUGCUUUAGGUGAUCUCGAACGAUCUCAAGGAAAAAAAAAAACAUAUUAUUCACGUUC